CUACGUCACUUCCGCUGUAAAACAUGGCCGCGCACUGAGUAAUGUCACAUUAGUUCGUGUGCUGAAAACAAACAGUCAAUAACGUCCGUUCUGCUUACCUGUCCAGUGUAUAAAAAAAAGAGGCGACAUCUGGGGGAGGAUUUUACUUUAUAUCGUUCAACGUCCUCGGAGGAUAAUCCAGUGAACACGAUGGUGCAUUUAUCAUCACUCCUCCUAAAGCAGUACCACGGGGGUUACGUUGUCAUCCGGCUGGCCCACGCAGGCCACAAACAGGCUAACAGACCCUUUUAUCGCAUCGUAGCCGCUUACAAUAAAAGGGCAAGAGAUGGUAAAUAUAUUGAGCAGCUGGGUUCCUUUGACCCCCUCCCGAACAUCAACAACGAGAAACUUGUCGGCUUCAACUUCGACCGAAUCAAGUACUGGAUCGGCUGUGGUGCACACCCGACAAAGCCUGUGGCCAAACUUCUAGGGUUGGCAGGAUUCUUCCCUCUGCACCCCAUGACGAUAACAGAGGCAGAGCGCCGUAGAACCCAAACAGAGCUGACAGCAACAGGAACAGAGGAGGGUUUUGAGGUUGAACAGAAGAAGGCUGAAGAGUGAUAAUUAAAACUUGGGACUGUGUGCGAUUCUUGAGCACAAAAGGAUGUCACAUUUAUUUUUGAAAUGAAGGGAUUGGUUAGUUUUUCUGACUUGUUGGGUGGACUGCUCAUAGCAACUUCAUCUACCGCAUGAUAAUUGCUUCAGUGGGCUCUAUGAACAGACUUUAUUGCAAUGGAUGCUUCAAUUCCUUCAUGUUUAUGAACAUGGAGUGCCAUAACGGGCAGUUGUUUGUACUCAUUAUUUUAGGUGACUUAAUUAAAGUAUUUGAAAACUA